AGUAGACCCACAGCACGAACAAUAGAAUUGUAAUUACCGACUGAACACCCUGUGAUAGUGGGCAGCCGGUAUCCUCUCGUUUAUUUAAAUGAAUUCUCCCUCUUCUCCUUCUUCUCUCCUCAUACUUCUCUCAAGCUCCUCCUACUAAUUCCCUACCUGCAUUCUUAUUCUAUUUCUCUCUUAACUUUAAAAGAAAAUGGCAGUCUCAUCAUCAUCCAGGACUUUGUUUGGAUUUGCGACUAUCUUCACUCUUCUUUUCGUCAUUUUCUCUCCCUCCGUCCGAGCCCAGGCUCCUGCCCCUGCUCCUACUAGCGAUGGUACUGCAAUUGAUCAAGGAAUUGCAUACAUGUUGAUGGUGGUGGCCUUAGUGCUCACAUACCUUAUCCACCCGCUGGAUGCUUCCUCCUCUUACAGCUUCUUUUGAUUUGUUUCUUUUUAGGACUUCUAGAAACAUUCCAAGUAUUCUUUUCUCUUAUCUUUUAUUUUUUUUACUGGCAUUAUUAUUGUAUAAUCGGGGUUCAGGAGGAGAUUUAUUACCUUAUGUUGAUAAAUUGAAAGGUAGGUGGUGAUUGGAUAAUAGUGCCAUAUGUGUUCUCAACGAUUUGAUUUGAAUAUUUGUGUCAUUGAUUGCCUCUGCA